AUGCAUAUUUCACUGUGGAAACCCAUUAUAUCUCAUUGUGCUUCUCUAAUUUCCGACAAAAAGAGCAGAAGGAAAUAUGGGUCUGAUCACACCGAUGAAGAAAUUAAACGAAACCCAUCUGUUCUUCGAAAAUUGCAGGAGAAUAAGCUUCGAGAAGCCCUUGAACAAGCUUCUGAAGAUGGGUGUCUUGUUAAAUCCCAAAAUAUGGAUUUCUCCGAGCCAAUCGAUAAAGAAGAAAAGGGUUUGGGAAGAUCGAGAUCACUCGCUAGGCUACAAGCUCAAAAGGAAUUUCUAAAAGCAACUUCGUUAGCUGCAGAUAGAACAUUUGAAGACGAAGAUUCAAUUCCUGAAUUCGAUGAAGCUUUCUCAAAGUUCCUGACAAUGUACCCGAAGUACAAAUCAUCUGAGAAAAUCGAUCAGUUGAGGGUAAACGAGUACUCACAUUUGACAGAUACAAUUUCAAAGGUAUGUCUCGAUUACUGCGGAUUUGGGUUGUUUUCGUUUCUUCAAACUGUUAACUACUGGGAAUCUUCCACAAUCACUCUAUCUGAAAUCACUGCACAUUUGAGCAAUCAUGCUCUAUACGGUGGUGGAGAAAAAGGAACUGUCGAAUACGAUAUAAAAACCAGAAUCAUGGAUUAUUUAAACAUCCCGGAGAACGAAUAUGGCCUUGUGUUCACAGUUAGCAGAGGCUCAGCGUUCAAACUUCUAGCAGAAUCAUACCCAUUUCACACCAACAAAAAGCUUCUAACAAUGUUCGAUCAUGAAAGCCAAUCUGUAAAUUGGAUGGCUCAAAGCGCGAAAGAAAAAGGCGCAAAGGUUCAUAGCGCAUGGUUCAAAUGGCCGACAUUGAAGCCAUGUUCAACCCAUCUCAGGAAACAAAUCGUCAACAAAAAAAAGAAGGAAGAAAGAUUCAUCCACUGGUCUCUUCGUUUUUCCUGUUCAAUCACGAGUCACCGGAGCUAA